AUGUCAAUAUAUUUUUUUCAUUCAACCUCUAUUUUAAUAAUUGAUGAUACUCUAUAAAGCAAAAUUAUAAUUUUUGCAAUUCAAUUAUUCAGUCCUUCAUAUUAUUUUAUUGUCAUCAAGUUCUCUGUUAGAAUCAAACGAUAUAGUAUUAAUCUUAGUUUCUUAUGUUCUUCUUAUUUGAUUCAAAAGACCUAAUUUAUCACAUCGAUUCCAAUUUGCUUUUAGUUUUUUAUUUCUUCCUUUUAGCAGCGAACUCCUAUACCAAAUCUUCCUAUCAUAAUUUAGUGGUUUACAUAUUCUUUUUCUAAAUAUAUUUUUUCAUCCAUUUUGAUUCCGAUAGUUUUAAAUAGACAACUUUAAUUGUUAUUAAAUCUAAACUUAAGUGAUAUUGACUUAAAUUGCAAUUAUUGUGAUUUACAACAAACCUUGAAGAUAAAGGCGAAUUUUGCAUCUAAUUUAUAUUAUGUAAUGAUAACGUUAUUUUAUAAUAAAAUGCACUAUAUUUUUAAUAUUGUUAAGUCAUAUAGUUAUUUAAAUUAUUCCCAUAAAAUCAAUCUAAUCUUAUUAAAUAAUUAAACACUUUUACACCUAUUCGAAAUGUCAGAUGAAAUAAUUGAAAAUAAUGACAAUGUGGCUAAAUAAAUUAUCAUGGACGAUGGACACGAGUUUGUAAAUUCAUCAGACUAAAGAUUACCAAGUAUGAUAAGUCAAAGUCAUAUACCUCUACCAUUUUAAGGAGAAGAAUUCACACCUACCAAUACCGAUUAAUUUUUAAAUACUACAAUUCCUCAAGGGACUAUAUUAGAGUGUGACGUGAAAAUAGUCAAAGGAUGGUUUGGUUGCCAUUUAGCAUACAAUUUUUAUCAUUCAAAAACCCAAAAACUAUUACUUUCGGUUAAAAAAUCUAAAUGUACAGGUAGCCAUCGAUUUUAUUUGAGCAAAUCAGAAACUGAACUUGAUGUUGUCGGAACGUUAGAGUCUAAUUUUAGUGGCACCUAAUUCAUAUUGUAUUCAAAGGGGUUAUCUUACAAGAAUUCAAAUGAAAAAAACAAUUUAAGAAAAGAACUUGCAUUCAUUCAUUAUGAGUACUAAUUAUUAAAAACGAGAAAAGGAAACCUUUUUAAGGCUUAUAUUCCUUCUUUAAAAGAUGGCCAACCCACAUAAAUCAUUCCUACAGAUGAAAAUACAGGAUUGAAAAUCAAAAGUAGAUUUAUAAAUAAACGUAAUCAAGAAUAUUUUGAAUUUCGAACUCAAGAGCCUAUUUGGAAUUAAAAAUAUUAAUCCUUUACACUUCCAUUUAAUUCUAGAGUAAAUAGCGCGUCUGUUCAUAAUUUUUUGCUUAAGUAAUCAAAUGAUGAUGGCAAAUUAAAUAAAGAUGUAGCAAUUUAGUUUGGAAGAUUUGAUGAAAAGAUCCUAAACAUAGAUAUUGCCUAUCCCUUUACUCCAUUACAAGCUUUCUCAAUCGUCAUCAGCUAAUUGGAUAAUAAAUUACUAAUCUGA